AUAGAAAACUUCGCAGGCUCAAACUAUUUCUCUCAAAAUGGCUGACAAUUACAAACAAGUGAAAUCUGGCCGUUUAAAACUUAAAGGAUUGGACGAUGGCUCGCGGAAAAAGAAGCAAAAGAAGAAGAAGCGGGAGAGAGAGGAAGAAGAGCCAACAGAUGUUGAUGUACUCCGUCAUGGUGGUUGGAGAAAAGUGGAAAACUUUCAUGAAGUUAGUGGUAACAUUGCACUGCAAACUUUCCAGAAAUCUUACAUCGAGGCGCUUAACACCGGAUUGUUUACAGUUGGUGAACUAAGAGAUGAUGGUGAAAACUCGCCGGCGCCUGUUGAAGUUUUUACUGCUGUUCCACUUUCCGAGAAAAAGAUUGCUUUAAAAUCGGGCUAUGGAAAAUAUAUGGCGGUUGAUAUGAUGGGAAAUGUCACUGGAAGAUCAGAUGCAAUUGGCCCUCAGGAACAGUUUGAGUGUUUAUUUGAAGAGGACAAAGUUGCUUUUGAAACAUACAAUGGCUGUUAUUUGUCCGUCAAUGAAGAUGGACAACUCUCUGCAAGCAGAAAAACUGUUGGUGAAAAGGAGACAUUUCAUGUGCGGACCAGUGUUCCAAAAGUUAAAGUGUGCACCAGCAGCCUACCUGAGGGGGGAAAAGAUCUACGGAAUCACGAAAUAAGUUUUGUAAAGAAAUUCCAAAGUUUUCAAGACAGGAAUUUGCGUCUAAGUGAGGAAGAGAAUAGCAGACUGAAAAGAGCAAGAAACGAUGGUAAACUUCAUGAAGAAAUGUUAAACAGGAGAGAAAAGAUGAAAGCAGAUAGGUAUUGUAAAUAAAUAGCCAAGGAACUGAAGAGUGAGUAUAAGAGACACAUUGAUCUAAUGUCACAGUGUGGGGAAUACCUUGUAAUUUGACACUUGAUAUCACAGAACAUUAUGUAGUCAUCUUGCAACCCACUUUAGGCUGCAUCAUAACUUUUGCAAAAUGCUUAUGUCAUUGAUCUAGUGAAUUUAGCUAUAAAGAAGAGUCACAUUUUUAUGUAGUUUCAUUGGAGCAGUCAAAUAGUUAAUCAGCCUUCAAAAAUACUUGGAAUCUGUCAUUUUCCCACUUUUUUGUUUUGCUAUUUUAAUCUGCAAAUCCACUUGGAUUUUUGCCAGUCCUGACGUUGAGGACUGGCAGAAAUCACUUUUCAUGAUCUAGUGGAAUUUAAGUAUAUGUGUUAUUCCUCUGAUUGUGUUGAAAAAUUGGCAAAAUAGGAAUGAAUUUUGUACAAAAGGCCCUCUAGAGCACUUAAAUGACCAGAUUAUACAUGUGAAUGACAAUUUGACCAACAGUCUUCAAAUUCAGUGAUCUUUAUCACUCCCAAGAUCUAAUAACCAAUGCUCCUUACUGUCUGUCAUAAUAUGUAGUAUAAUUUAACAUUGAGAAUUUUUUGUUAAGUAAAACGUUAUCCCUAUGUUGAUACUCUCAUCUGAAUGACUUCUCUGUUUAAAAGUGUAUAGUUAUUGUAAGGAAAGAAAACAUUCAGGUCACUCUUAGCAGUGGGCUGAAAAUGGAACAGCUUCUCAAGGGUUUUUAAGGUAUAAAUGACAUUUGUGUUGAUUUAGUGACACACCUGGUGUGAAAAUACAUGACUGUAUAUUUUCUCAGGUUUUAUGUUUAACAUGUGUCGCAUGCUGACGUGGUUAAGACUUGACAUUCUUUUUGGUGGUAUAUUUUUAUGGCCCUCUUCAUCCUGAGUUCCAAAAUUUACGUCUCCCCCCUGUUCACUUUAUAUUCAAUUUUUUGAAUGUCAUUUCCAAAAACUGAGAAACAUUUUUUCAAGAUCUUGCAGAACUGGACACUUUUAACUGGUUAAGUCUGUCAGGGUUUUACUGCUUUUGUUGUUUAGAGAAUGUGCUAAAUUCUGGGUCUAGCCCUGUUGAAGAAAUGAAAUGCCUUUAUUAUUCUGUUUGAGAGGUGUCCUUGUUCCAAAAUAGACUAUUUUCUUGUUGGUAUAAACAAUUUUCCUUUUAGAACGAAUUAUAUUCCCCUUAAUCAGAUCCACAAAGAGAAAGAAAAGAAAAGGUGUGGUAAAUGGCAUCAAAUUUUUUAAUUCAAUUCUUAGAAAAUUAAUUUUUUCCAAAAUAGUUUUCAGCAUCACACACAAUUAAAAAAAUUUAAAAUCUUCUUACAAAAUGAUUGUCUUUGUAAAGCUACUCUUAAUCUGUCCUUGCAAAGUCAGACAUUGACCUUAAUUAUCAUCUUUCAGAACCAACCCAUUACCCUAUCCCUCAUCUCUUUAUCCAUCCUUGAAAAGAUCACUGUUCAGUGCUUUAACAUUACAUUCAUUAUGGUUAAUUAAUGCUUACGAUAACACCAUAUGCUAAUUGCCCAUUAGAGAUCACCCAAAAUCCUCAGAAGGCUUGGUGCUUUGUUUUAGGGAUAUCAAAGGUGCAAACAAGUCUGAAAAUGAAACAAUUUUAGGUAUGAAAGUUCCUUGGGUAUUGUCACGCGAUCAGUAAUGGGACAGGAAAACAACAGGGGAAAAAAUACUCUUCUUUCACACCGCACGAAUGGUGGGUCCCAUAAGUAUUACACCUUGUGAGCAGUAAUUUGUUAAGUGAGGAUUUUAAGGGAUAAGUCUUGCUAACAAUGUAUUAAGAGCCCAGGCUCUUUUCUUAACUCUCAUUCUUUUCAACAACAGUGAAGCGUUGAUGGCUUUACACCUGUUUCCCUUUAGGUUGGCAAAUAGUCAGUAAUAAUAUUAAUUGUACUUACAUGUGCAACCUUCCUUUAGUUUGCAUCAUUUUCUCAUGUUCUAAGUGCCUAAAAUUCAGGCGAUACACUAUAAAUAAAGUACUAUCAAAAUCCA